AUGCGCUACUCCCCACCCCUCCUCAACCCCGCCACAUGGCUCCCAACCCUCAAAGCAUCCCAGCUCCAAAAGAUCGCCCAAGCAACGGGCAUCCGCUCCGCCGGUCCCAAGGCAGCCCUAAUAAGCCGACUGGAGACGGAGCUCGCCCAAUGCGAGUACCACUCUGUAACCCCCCAGAGCAAGACGCAAAAAAAGCCCCGAAACCUGAGUAUUCUCAGCAUCGACAUGGGCAUCCGCAACCUCGCCUUUGCGCAUCUCCUGGUCCCCAGUGCCAGUGCCAGUGCCACAGGGAAAACAGGCACUACUACUAGUACUACUACUAGUAGUGGUAGUGGUAGUAAGGUACCACCACCACCAACCCUAAACGCCUGGCGCCGAUUGGCCGUCUCGGAUCUACUACGACUCCCAGAACCUGGACCUGGACCUGAGUCGGGGUCAACACUACUAGUACCCGGCACUACGGAGCCAUCUGAUAUCGAUGAACUCCACGAACUGGCUUGUCAACAGGACGACAAGGAUGGCAAAGAGAUGUUUCAUCCCUCGCCCUAUGCCAAACAGGCUUAUGUACUAAUCACGACGCUCCUGGAAAAAUACCAGCCCACGCAUGUCCUCAUCGAGAGACAGCGGUUCCGCUCGGGCGGUGGCAGCGCCGUGCAGGAGUGGACGCUGCGGGUCGGCGUCUUCGAGGGCAUGUUGUAUGCUGUUUUGUAUGCGUUGCAGCGGGAGAGGGGGCGGGCUUCUGCUUCUUCUUCUUCUUCUUCUUCUUCUUCUUCUUCCGCCGGUGAUUUGGCGCCGGUGGUCCUCGGCGUGGAGCCGCAACGCGUGGUCCGGUAUUGGGGGGAUGGUCUUGGCGUGGAUGGAGUGGAGAAGGAGAAGAAGAAAGGGGGGAGGAGUAGUGCGCGGGAAGGGAAGAAGGUGAAGAUGGAUUUGGUUGGGGGGUGGUUGGAUGAUGCGUUGGGGGAUGGGGACCGGGACUUGAAGGUGGCCGUUUCGGGGGAGGAGGAGCUACGGCGGUGGGUUGAGGCGUAUCUGGCCAAGUGGAAAGGUCAGAAGAGGAGACGCGGUGAGACGGGUGUGGUUGAUAUUGGGAAACUGGAUGAUUUGGCCGAUUGUCUGUUGCAGGGCCUGACGUGGUUGGAUUGGCAUAUUAUGCGCGAUCGUAUCUUGCGCGAGGGUGUUGGGGCUCUAGAGAUAGAUUGA